AAAUUAAUGUCAAACUAAUAUUGAAAUUAAUGAAUAUAACUGAAAGACAUGAUAUGCUCGGUUUAUUAUGGAAUGAUAAUAGUCGUCUUCAUUUCUGCAGCAGUUCUAGGAUCUCUUGUUAUCAAGUAUGCAAAUAUGCAAGAAUCUGUGGGUAUUGAUGGAGAAGUUAGAUUAUUUCAACAUCCCUUCAUACAAUCUUGGGUUGGAGCUUUCGGAAUGUUUAUGAAUUUGGUUUUAUUCAAUGUUAUGUACUACAUACUCAAAUGGAGAAGUGAGACACUACCAGAUGAACAUAUGUUCACCAAAGGAAAUCGUCAUUUCAACGUCUUCAUAUUUUUGCUUCCUGGAAUAUUCGAAAUAGUUGCAACAACAAGUCUUGUUCUUGGAUUGCUCUUCACGUAUGUGUCCAGUUUGGCGAUGCUGAGAAGUUCAAUGAUAAUGUUCACCGCCUUUUUGAGCUUCUUUGCAUUUGGUCAUGUGCCAGGCUAUAGAGAAUCAUUUGGUAUAGUCUGCGUCAUAUUGGGAGUAGUGCUGGUCGGACUGUCCGAUUAUCUAGAUAAGAAAGAAUCGGAAGAUAAAGACACCACAACCAUCAUUCUUGGAGAUUGCAUGGCUAUUGUAGGUGCAUUUCUCGCAGCUUGUCAAGUGGUAUUAGAAGAGAAAUAUCUGAAGCAGUACGAUAUUCCACCUUUGCAAGCGGCAGGAUGGGAAGGUUUAUUUGGAUUCAUCAUAAUGAUUUUCGUGCAGCUAAUUGGUCAGUUCAUUCCUGUCGGUUUACCCCUUGGUGUCAACUCACAAGGAACUCUUUCGGAUUUUCCAGAUGGAUGCGUGCAAAUAUAUAACAACUGGCAAAUAGCAGUUACAUUAGUCAUUAAAGUCUUCACUAUGGCAGCCUACAACUUUUGUGGUUUGUCUGUAUCGAAGGAAUUUUCUUCCACAACGAAUAAAGUUCUCGACAGUUUGAGAAUAAUUCCAUUAUGGGUCUGCAGUAUGGCUUUUUUCGGACAGAGAUUUCAAUACCUCCAGCUAUUGGGAUUCUUCUUUCUUAUUAUGGGACAAGGAUUUUACAAUAAUAUAGGAUGUACUAAAAUGGGUAAAAAAUGUUGUCCUUAUGAGUUUGGUGAGGAAGAGGAAGACGAACAUACAAUUUCAAUGAGGAGACGAAUUUCUAUUGAAUGAUGAUGAUACUACUUAUCGCCAAAGAAUAUACUUCUUUUGUUUUUAUAAACAUUCAAUGGAAAGGAAGAUAUUCACAAAACAUGAUUACUUCAGAAGAAGGCGACCAUUUUUCUUCAAAUUAGUUGUGCCUUUCAUAACUUUUAGAUGAAGCAUAUUUUUAGUGAUACUUCAAUAUUCAGCCUAUAACUCCUUUAUGGAAAUGUAUUGAAUAGUAUUUGAAAUUCAACCUCCUGCUCUGAAAUAAAUAUUCAAUGUAAAUGUAUUUGAAAUGAAAGCUUUUGAGCGCUU